ACACUCACACCCACACUCACACCCACAAUCACACAGCCACCCACACCCACACACACACUCACACCCACACCCACAAUCACUCCCACACCCAAACACACACCCACACACACACUCACACUCACACCCACACUAAAACACACACCCACCAAACCACUCACACUCACACCCACACUCACACCCACACCCACACACACACUCACACCCACAGCCACAACACUCACACCCACACUCACACCCUCACUCACACCCACACUCACUCCCACACCCACAAACACACUCACACCCACAACCACUACACUCACACCCACACUCACACUCACACCCGCACCCACACUCACAACCACUACCACACCCACACUCACACUGAUAUCCAAACCCAUAUCCACACACAGACCCACACACAAACUCACACUCACACCUGCACUCACACCCACACCCACACUCACACCCACAACCACACCCACAUGCACACCCACACUCACACCCACACCCACACACACACUCACACUCACACCCACACCAACACUCACACCAACACCCACACCCACACACACACUCACCCUCACACUCACACUCACAACCACACUCACACUCACACUCACACCCACACCCAAACCCACACUCACUCCCACACCCACACCCACACUCACACCCACACUCACACCCACACCCACACCCAUACACAAAUCCACAUCCACACCCACAACCACACCCACACCCACACUCACACCCACACCCACACCCACAUCCACACACACACCCACACCCACACACACACUCACACCCACAUCCACACCCACACCCACAACCACACCCAAACUCACACCCACACCCAAACUCAAACCCACACCCACAACCACACCCACACCCGCACUCACUCCCACACCCACACUCCAACCCACAACCACUCCAAGAACCACACCCACACCCAAACCCUCUCCCACAUCCACGCCCACACAAACACCCACCACAAACCCACUCACACUCACACCCACACUCACACCCACACCCACACCCACACUCACACCCACACUCACACCCACACUCACUCCCACACCCACAACCACACUCACACCCACAACCAAAAACACAAUCACACUCACACCCACACUCACACAAACACCCACACACACACCCACACUCACAACCACACCCACACUCACAACCACACCCACACUCACACUCACACUGACACCCAAACCGACACCCACACACAGACCCACACACAAACUCACACUCACACGUGCACUCACACCCACACCCACACUCACACCCACAACCACACCCAUAUGCACACCCACACUCACACCCACACCCAUA